AAUAAUAUUUGUGUUUGCGACGCUGUAACCCAAUCCCUUAUAAUUAUAGCAGUCAAGCUCACAGAAUCAAGCAGUCAUUUACCAGCUUCGAAUGCAACUCCAUUGCUGUAUGUUUCACUAGUGUUGGAGCAGAAUAAUUUUUUAUUACCGAGGCCGAAAUCAAUCUGUUGCUACGGUGUUCAUCACUCACCCAAUCGUCCGGAAUUUCCCGCUGAGUCAGGGAAUUCCAGUGGGUGGGAUUGGAGUGAAGGCUGGAGUUAGGGUUUGAAACCCUAUGGUUCAGGCGAUGGAUGAGGAAGAAAACAAAAUGGGUCUGAAAAGAGAGUCUAAACAUGUUGGAACCGCGGUUGAUUCGGGGGAUGAUGAGCCUAUUAGGACACUGUUAAAGCUCAAGGGGAGAAAGAACUCCAAGAGAAAUAGGGUGGCAGCAGAUGGUGGUGGACGAAAAAGUAAAAAGGUUGGGAAGAUGGAUUCUGAGGAUGAUGAAUCAGGUGGUAUGAAUGACACAUUGGCGAACUUCCGGAAAAAAUUGAGGGGUCCAAGAAAGGAGGGUGGAUCUGCAGUAGCUGCUGUGAAAGACUUGAGCAGCAAUGUGUCCGAGCCGCUGUGCCAGGCUCUUGAUGAGUCAGUGGAGGCCUGCAGAUCAGAUUCGAAUUUGACUUCUGAGACAAAGAGAAGAUGUCUGGUAAGCAAUGAAGGUGAAUCUUCUGGGGAUGCAAUGGUUAUGGAGAGUACAAAGAGGAAGACUAAAAGGAAAAAUAAGAGAUGCAAGGUUAAUUUAGAUGCAAAGAUAUUGGAAAACUCUGAAUCUAAUGAUUUGGGUUACAAUACAUCUAGGAUUGAUUCAUUGCAGCACAAGAAAGAGGAUGCUUCAGAGUUAAAGGGAGAAGUUUUGGAGGAUUCUAUAUCUGCCUACUUUCAGAAGGUGCAGUCAGGGAUGACUGCUAAGUCACGUAAUUCUUCUAGAUUGAAACUGGCUAAGGUGUCAGAUGACGGGACACACUCUGGUGUUGGCUCAGAAGCUCUUGUUGAUGAAGCUCUUCCUACUUCAAAACUCGUCCAGGAAAUCCUUAUACCCGAUGACAGAUAUGGUGCAGCAAGUGAGCAAGGUUCGUUAAGACCAACCUUGAUUGAAAAGAGUGUAUAUGAUUGUUUACCAGAAGACUUGAACUGUACCCUGGGGAAUCCAGUUGAUUCUAAGCAAGGACUUAUUUCUAGUACACCAGAUUCCAAUAAGAUAUGGAAAUCCACUGACAUUGAGGAGAAUUCAUCUGUUAAUAUUAUCCCAAAAAACUCAGCUUUAAAAACCAGUGCCCUAACAUCUGCUUCAAGCUUGAGGACCGAAUUUGCGGGUGAUAAAACAAAAUCUGAAUUCAUUGAGGAGAAGUCUGUGUUGGGGAAUGCCCCUCAUAAUUCAAAAAAUUUCCUUGAUAGACAGAUUGAUGUAGAUGGCUGUGCAGAAGCUGAGGAUUUGGGCACGCUGACAUCCUUGUGUGAAGGCACAACUAGAACUAAUGAGGCUGUCAAACAAGAUAAAGUGCUUGAUUAUGGUUUGCCACCAUCUACUUUUUACAAACUACAGAAGGAACAUCAUUCUGAAGAUCUUGAUGGCCCAGUUACAGUCAUAGGUAACUACUGUGAAGUAGACCUUCAACCUUUGUUUUCACAAGGGGAAGAUGAUCAGGUGUCAGAAUGUCGGUCAUCGCCGGUGUCAGCUAGUGAAAACCAAAAACUUGAAGUGGCUUUCCGGAAGCACAAUGAUGAGUGCAAGGAAGUUAUUAUUGAAUCAGGACACACGUGUGAACCUUGUCAUGUUCUGCUUCAAGGUGAUUGCAAGCCAAACCGUGAUGUUCCUUCUGCAGGUGAAGAGAUCAAUGGAACGUCUUACUCAUCUAUUAUGCUUGAUCAUCAAGGAAAUUGUGCCAAAGAUAGUGCAUGCGAAGCUGAGCAGGAAACUAAGGAUAGUACUUUAUCUGUUGGUCAGCGAGCUGCUCGGAAUGCAAAAAAACAAAGGCACGGCGACAUGGCUUAUGAUGGUGAUAUUGAUUGGGAUAUUUUGAUUCAGAGUCAAGAGUUGUUUGGAAGCCAUAGAGUGGAUAAAACAAGAGAAAAGCUCAAUCCAUUAUCAACUGCAAUGGAUGCUGAAAGUGGAAAAGCAGCAGCUAUUGCUGCGGGGCUUAAAGCUCGUGCAGUAAGCCCCCUUGAGAAAAUCAAAUUCAAGGAAGUUUUGAAACGCAAAGGUGGACUUCAGGAGUACUUGGAGUGCAGGAACCACAUAUUAAGUGUUUGGAACAAAGAUGUCAGCCGGGUUUUGCCUCUGGCAGACUUUGGGGUGUCUGAUGCUCCUUUGGUUGCUGAAAGCCAACAUGCGUCUCUCAUGAGAGAGAUCUUUAUCUUUCUCGAUCAAUGUGGUUAUAUAAAUUUUGGAGUGACUUCUGUAAAGACAAAGCCAGCAAACUGCAUCAAGCAUGACUUGAAUGUUUCAACUGAGGAUGAGUUUGGAGAAAAUGCGGAGCUCCGCCUGCCUGAUUCAGACGAAGGAGUUUCCUUUAAUUUUGGGAAGGAAAAAAGUCGGGAGACCGGCAUAGGAGGAAAUGACGAGGAUGCAUCUGGGGAUGGAAACCUGAAAGGCAAAGUCGUGUCAGAUUAUGGGCUUACAAAUAUUGGGGCCUUAGAAUCAUCUGCCCCGUGUAUUCCGCAACAAAGUCUGCAAGAUGAUAGUCUAGGGACUAAUGCACUUGAUCUUAAACCCUCCAAUGAAGCUGCUACUUCAGAAUAUACGGGUUUGCCAUGUGAAGAUGAGAAUGCGGAAAAAAUCCCUUCUGUCCAUCCUGAUUUACAGUUUGCUAGUGAGUCAGGAUCUGCUAUAACUAUAAAGCUCCCGAAAGGCGGGUCUGCCAUUUCUUGUGAUUCCUUUAAUGUUGCAUAUAACCAUAGAUGUAAUAAAUCAGGACCAAAGAAUAAUGUAAUAGUUGUCGGAGCUGGUCCUGCUGGCUUAACUGCAGCGCGCCACUUGCAGCGGCAAGGUUUUAUUGUCACAGUCCUUGAGGCUAGGAGCAGAAUAGGGGGUCGUGUUUUUACUGAUCAUGCAUCUUUAAGUGUUCCUGUAGAUCUUGGAGCUAGCAUCAUUACAGGUGUAGAAGCAGACGUGACCUCAGAAAGAAGACCUGAUCCUUCUUCCUUGAUUUGUGCUCAGUUGGGACUUGAGUUGACAGUGUUAAACAGUGACUGUCCCCUAUAUGAUACUGUGACUGGUGAGAAAGUUCCUGCAGAUCUGGAUGAAGCACUGGAAGCAGAGUAUAAUAGCCUACUGGAUGAUAUGGAACUGCUGGCUGCUGAAAAGGGGGAACGUGCCAUGAAGAUGUCUCUUGAGGAGGGCUUAGAAUACAGCCUCAAAAGUCGGCGUAUGGCUUAUCAUGGAGAAGAUCAUGCGGAACUUAAACCUAUUAAAUCUCAAGAUAACUCUGUGGCUGCUGAAAGGAUUUCCACAGAUGAAGAAAAUCCCAAUUCUCAGGUUUCUAAACUAGAGGGCAUCAAUCCUCUUGAAAGAAGAGUCAUGGAUUGGCAUUUUGCUCACUUAGAGUAUGGUUGCGCUGCUUUGCUUAAAGAAGUCUCACUUCCAAACUGGAAUCAGGAUGAUGUAUAUGGAGGGUUCGGUGGAGCUCAUUGUAUGAUAAAAGGUGGUUACAGCACUGUUGUUGAAUCUCUUGCAGAAGGAAUUUGCAUUCACUUGGACCAUGUUGUUACGGAUAUUACAUACAUCCCGAAGGACUGUCAGACAAAUAAUGAACUUCAGAAAAGAGUUAAAGUUUCUACAUCAAAUGGGAAUGAAUUUUCAGGAGAUGCAAUCCUGGUCACUGUACCACUUGGAUGCCUGAAAGCAGAAACAAUCAAAUUCUCACCGCCAUUACCUCAUUGGAAAUCUAUCUCUAUAAAGAGACUGGGAUUUGGUGUCCUAAAUAAGGUGGUCAUGGAAUUUCCUGAAGUAUUUUGGGAUGACAGUAUUGACUACUUUGGUGCCACUGCCGAAGUAUCAGAUCAACGUGGCAGAUGCUUUAUGUUCUGGAAUGUCAAGAAAACAGUUGGAGCACCUGUUUUGAUAGCCUUGCUUGUUGGUAAGGCUGCUAUUGACGGCCAGAAUAUUAAUUCUUCCGAUCAUGUUGGUCAUGCCGUGAGUGUUCUCCGAAAAUUAUUUGGCGAAGAUAAAGUUCCAGACCCAGUUGCCUCUGUAGUAACUGACUGGGGAAAAGACCCUUACAGCUAUGGUGCUUAUUCCUAUGUUGCCGUGGGUUCAUCUGGAGAAGACUAUGAUAUUUUGGGAAGGCCAGUCGACAAUUGUUUAUUUUUUGCUGGUGAAGCAACAUGCAAGGAGCAUCCUGACACUGUUGGUGGUGCAAUGAUGAGUGGGCUUCGAGAGGCUGUACGAAUAAUAGAUAUAUUGAAUGCAGGAACUGAUUACACUGCAGAAGCGGAGGCCAUGGAGGUUGCGAGAAGACACUCGGAUAUUGGAAGGAGUGAAAUAAAGGACAUUGUUAGGCGGCUAGAGGAUUUAGAUUUCUCUAGUUCGUUGUAUAAGAAUUCUUUGGAUGAGUCCGAGAUAUCAACUUGGGGUUCAGUACUGAAGGAUAUGUUUUUCACUGCAAGAACUACAGCUGGGAGAUUACAUCUAGCUAAAGAGUUGUUAAAACUUCCUGUUCGGUUUUUGAAGACCUUCGCUAGCACUAAAGAAGGCCUCAGCACCCUUAACUCAUGGAUUCUGGAUUCAAUGGGAAAGGAUGGAACCCAGCUCUUGCGACAUUGUGUCCGUCUACUUGUACUCGUUUCAAAGGAUUUGCUUGCUGUUCGUUUGUCAGGAAUUGGAAAAACUGUGAAAGAGAAAGUUUGUGUACAUACCAGUCGUGAUAUACGCGCAAUAGCUAGCCAGCUUGUGAGCGUGUGGGUUGAACUUUUCCGUAAGGAGAAGGCCUCUAAAGGACUGAAAUUACUAAGGCAGUCUACGCUGGAUUCGAAGAGCAAAUCUCCUGUUGUUUCUGGAAAGCCACCCCUCCGCAUACAUCAUACUGAUAGCAAGGCUUCCGGCCCUUCCACCAUAAGCACCAAGACACUGAUUGAUGAGCCUGUUCAACCAGGAACAAGAAUUAACCCAAAGUCAGAAACUCAGCUUUCCAACUCUAAUGGUUCAAGCAGGAAUGUCAUGGAGGAGGAAGGUGAUGUUAUAAUGUCUGAAGAAGAAAAGGCUGCCUUUGCUGCAGCAGAAGCUGCUCGUGCUGCAGCAAUUGCUGCUGCCAAGGCAUAUGCUGCUUCUGGUGCCAAGCAUAAUUCUUCGAUACAGGCUCCCAAAAUUCUCUCAUUUCACAAAUUUGCCAUGCGUGGGCAGCAUGGUAAUAUGGAUGAGUGUGACAGUAGAAAGAAUUGGUCUGGUGCUGCCAUAGGAAGACAAGAUUGCUUAUCUGAAAUAGAUUCUAGGAACUGCAGAGUGAGAGAUUGGUCAGUUGAUUUCUCUGCUACUGGUGUCAACCUUGAGAGUUCAAAAAUGUCGGUUGAUAAUCGUUCACAUCGCAGCCAUUCUAAUGAAAUUCCUAAUCAGUUGAACAUCCGAGAGCACUCUGGGGAAAGUGUAGCCGUAGAUAGCAGCAUACUGACAAAAGCAUGGGUGGAUAAUGCCGGUAGCGUAGGGAUUAAAGAUUACAGUGCUAUUGAAAGAUGGCAAUGCCAGGCAGCAGCUGCUAGUUCGGGCUUAUCUCAUGGGACAAUGCACAUAACAGAUGAGGAGGAUUCAAACAUGAGUUCAAAGGUGCAUCAGUGGAAACAUGAUCGACUGGCAAAUGAGAGUUCUGCCUCUCAAGUUACAAUAAACAAAGAAUCCAAAAGGAACCAGCCUAGAGGAGCAGAGCGUAUAAAGCAGUCAGUUGUGGAUUAUGUGACUUCAUUGCUUAUGCCCCUCUAUAAAGCGAGGAAAAUUGAUAGGGAAGGUUACAAGUCAAUAAUGAAGAAAACGGCGACCAAGGUUAUGGAGCAGGCUACCGAUGCUGAAAAAGCAAUGGCUGUUUCUGAAUUUCUUGAUUUCAAACGUAAAAAUAAGAUUCGUGCAUUUGUGGACAUGCUGAUUGAAAGGCACAUGACUAUGAAGCCAGGUGCAAAGUCGGGAUCUUUUGGCAAAGAUUAAUUGGUGCACCCGUACACAGGGUCAAGAAGCUGUCAAGCAGUCUCUUACAGCUUGUGGUUAAUCCCAAAAUGAAGCUUCAAUGGUUGAUGGUUCUUGUGCUUGCAUCUUCCCUGAAUGUAUACAAAUCAUGGGAAAUAGCUAUUUUUGUUUGCCAUAAACGAUCAAAUCAUGACGACAUAGCAAAUCCCUCUAAAGUUGGAUGGGUGUCGUCUGGAUCUUAUAUACAAAUUUUCAUCCUCCAAUUGGAAAGUUGAUCUAGAAUUGCUUUUUUGGAAUUUGUUUCUCAUUCUUUUAACUUGUAUUUUAUGGGUAGAAGCUGAAGACCCCUAACCAUUUUCUUCAGGCUUAGAAGAGAAAUGAAUUGUUUUGUUACUUAUGUGUACAGCUUAGAAUUAUUUUUAUGGAAACAAGUAUACAGGGUCUGUCAGUAGCAUAGCUUGCUUAUGUCUUGGUUAGUUUUGGUUUAAUUGCUCACCAAAUGUAUAUGCUUGUGUUUUUUUAAUGGUUAAAUUCUGCUCUUUUCCUUGUAAUGUACAGAAGAUAACUCUAAUAAUAAGAAUGUCUUUGUUGCUCU